AUGAAGCUAUUCACAGCAUCUCUCAUCUUAUUCUCAUGGCUCGCCCAAUUUCCCGCCGCAAUGGCCGGCAGGGUUCUCGAGUCAAAAUCGCUCAACAGUUGUCAACAAGGUUCCCUAUUGACUGCCAGUCUCUUUCACGUUGUCGUCACACCAAACAACUCACUGGCAACCGUUAACGUGAAUGCUCUGGCGUCUAUCCAAGGCUAUGUAAACUUUGAUGUUACACUCGAAGCCUAUGGCCAUCAAUUCAUCCACGAGGUUGUCGACCCUUGCAGAACUAGCUUCGACCUGUCGAGUCUAUGUCCUAUGGCACCCGGUGAUAUCGACAUCAAGUUCAACUUCCCAAUUGGCAAUGCCUUGGAUCAGAUUCCCGGUAUCGCGUAUGGCAUUCCUGACCUGGAUGCCACUGUGCGCGCAUAUAUCAACAUGACCUCCACAGGCGAGAGUAUUGCAUGUGUCGAGGCUGAUUUCUCCACUGGUAAAACCGUCGAGCAACUCUCAGUCAAAUGGGUCACUGCCAUCAUUAUUGGAAUCGGUCUCGUUUCUUCAGCACUCAUCUCGCUAGCCGGCUACGGCAACGCAGCUGCUCAUCUUGCCGCCAACACUUUGUCACUCUUUGCCUACUUCCAGGCCCAGGCUAUCAUCGGACUUACUGCUGUUACCAUGCCACCCAUCGUGGAUGCUUGGACGCAGAACUUCCAGUGGUCUAUGGGUAUCAUCCGAAUGGGCUGGAUGCAAGAUAUCUUCACUUGGUAUGACCGUGCUACAGGGGGUAAGCCAGCUCGUCUCUUUGACAAUCUCGCUACUGCUUCGGUCCAAGUUGUGAAAAGGUCUUUGGAAAGCAUUCCUGGUGCUGCAGCUCUGAUUCGUCGUGACUUCGCCUUCUCGAAACGAGGCAAUAUUGAACUCGAAACCGGCUCAUAUCUGGUCUACGGCAUCCAGCGCGUGGCAUUCCGCUCACAUAUUGAGACAACGAAUCUCUUCCUAACCGCCAUUGUCUUCUUCGGUAUUUUUACUGUCUUCGCCUGCAUCCUAGUCUUCCUUUUCAAGCUCGUCCUCGACCUGUGUGCAAAGCAGGCUUGGAUCAAGCGUGAGCGCUUCCUCGAAUUCCGAACUGAAUGGCGUACCAUCCUGAAGGGAAUUCUGCUGAGACUCACCUUCAUGGGCUUCCCUCCCAUCACUAUCCUCUGCCUCUGGGAGUUCACGCAGGUUGACUCGGCUGCGCACGUUGUUCUCGCAGUCUUCUUCUUUUUCACAGUUCUGCUCACCCUCGCCGCGGCAGCUUUGAAGAUCGUCACACUCGCGAGGCACAACAACCCGGUCGUUACUCUAUACUCGAAUUCGCGAAUCCUCAACAAAUGGGGAUUCUUGUACAUCCAGUAUCGAGCUACAGGCUACUACUUUAUCGUGCCCCAGCUUGCUUACAUCUUCGUCAAGGGCAUGUUUGUCGCUCUGAGUCAGAAGAGCGGCGUUACCCAGGCAGUCGCCCUAAUUCUCAUCGAAGCCGCUGCUCUCAUCGCCACCAGCGUCAUGCGUCCCUUCAUGGACAAGAGCACGAACUCCUUCAACAUUGCCAUCUUUGUUCUCAACUUCCUUAACGCCAUCUGUCUCUUCAUCUUCACCAAUGUUCUCGGCAUGCCUCGAAUGGGUCCCUCCGUCACUGGCCUCGUUCUCUUCGUCGCCAACGCCGCGUUCUCCCUGAUCCUGCUGCUUAUGAUCAUUAUAUCGAGUGCCCUUGUCUUCUGGCGAAAGAACCCAGAUGCACGAUACCAAUUCAUGGCUGAUGACAGAGCUUCGUUCAUGAAGUCCAGGUCGUCCACACAGAUCGAUACCAUGACACAGCUCGACGCGUUGGCUGCCACCGCCCGCGGAGACCCAACAGCUCGCUCUCGCCCUGUAUCGAGAUCUUCGUCAGAGCUUGCAGCGCCUGCAUUUCCCAAUGCCGGGGCCAAGCAUACUUCGACUUCGACUCUAUCUUCAAGGAGCCCGCAUAAAGACUCACAAAUAGAUAUCAGGGAAACAGAGCGGUAG